UUUAUUUGAGGUCAAAAAGCAUAGACCUCUCAUUGGGUGUCUAUAUCUUUUUAUCACAGACCACAUUGAUAGUGUUCCCUGAGCACGUCACUGGUCUGCGUUGUUGCAACGGUUGAAAGCGGUUGAAGAACUAGGGUCUUCUUCGCUUGGGUUCAAUAUAAAAGAGGGCGUAUUUUAAAAAAAAUACGUGUCAUGGCUUCUCAUGGGAAGGGGGAAAGGCACGACUUCUUGGUCUCUUUCGGGACUGAUCUGCUGGCUGGAGGGAUAGCCGCCGCUAUCUCCAAGACGGCCGUGGCGCCGAUUGAGCGGGUGAAACUGCUGCUGCAAGUCCAGGCCUCCUCCAAACAAAUCCGGCCCGAGAACCGCUACAAGGGUAUUGUCGACUGCUUUGUCAGGAUACCAAAGGAGCAAGGAUUUAUCAGUUUCUGGCGUGGUAACCUAGCCAACGUUAUUCGAUACUUUCCAACGCAAGCUCUGAACUUUGCCUUCAAGGACAAGUAUAAACAGAUUUUUAUGUCAGGAGUCAACAAAGAUAAACAGUUCUGGAGGUAUUUUUUAGCAAAUUUAGCUUCUGGAGGAGCUGCUGGUGCCACAUCACUGUGUUUUGUGUAUCCAUUGGACUUUGCAAGAACUCGUUUAGGGGCUGAUAUUGGAAGAGGACCUGCGGAGCGGCAGUUCCAUGGCCUACUGGACUGCAUUGUCAAGAUUGCAAAAAGCGACGGGCCCAUGGGUCUGUACCAGGGAUUUGGGGUCUCUGUGCAGGGCAUCAUUGUGUAUCGUGCUUCUUACUUUGGAUGCUACGAUACAGCCAAGGGAAUUCUGCCAAACCCAAAGAGCACCCCAUUCAUUGUGUCCUUCCUCAUCGCUCAGAUAGUGACGACAUUCUCUGGGAUUCUGUCCUAUCCCUUUGACACGGUCAGGAGGAGAAUGAUGAUGCAAAGUGGGGAAGCAGAACGUCAGUACAGAGGAACAAUUCACUGCUUCAAGAAAAUCUACAAGCAAGAGGGAGUUCCAGGUUUUUUCCGAGGAGCCUUCUCUAAUAUCCUGCGUGGGACUGGUGGUGCCUUAGUGCUGGUGUUUUAUGAUAAAAUCAAAGAGUUACUGAACAUCAAUGUUGGGAGGUCCUCUUCUGAAUAAUACAGUAAAUGUGCUGGUUGGCAAAAUAAACAUUUUAUCUCGAACUGAAUAUGAAAUGUUUUAUUGUAGAACUUGCAUAAUUAGGCAGCAAGUGGGUUUUAAAAGGGAUUCUGUCUGUUAA